AUGAACAAUAAGAACCAAAAUCCUACUAACUUUGAUAAAUAUCAUGAACCAGAUAUUUCUAAUGUUCUUCAAAAUUCGCUCGUUUCCCGUGUUUCUGAUGAAAAUGACGAAAAUCAAGAUCUUGUGACUACUUUUAAUGGUUUGACGGAAAAUAAUAUAGGGAAAAAAGUCUCGAUACGUGGUUUAGUAACUCAUGCUUCUGGUAUAAAACUGUUCACGCUUAAAGUUAGCUUCAGAUGUAUCGAAUGCCAAGAAAUUCAAACACUUGAAUACAAUAAUGGGGGAAGAUAUUAUUAUCUUCCAUUAAGAUGUAAAUCCGGAUGUAAAAGUAAACAGUUUACUCCUAUAAUACCUACGAUGGAAUUCGACGAAAAAGAAGAAAAUACUACUUUUUCUUAUUUGAAUAAAUUUAGAAUGCAAGAAGUUUGGAAUGAAAGUGAAAAUGAAUAUAAUGAAGAUAAUUUCCCCAAGAUUAUUGACUGCGAAGUACGUAAUGACUUGGUGGAUAAAGUUAAAGCAGGCGACUUUGUAGUUGUUAAAGGAAAACUUCAAGUUCAUGAAAUUUCUGAAACUAAUAAUAAGAAUAAUAAAGACAAUUCAAUGAUGCAUCAUCUUUACAUAGACAUUAUGGAGAUAAAAAAAGUAUCAAUAUCUAAUAUCUAUGCUGAAAGUGACAAAACGGAAGAAACUAUCUUUUCGUUAAGAGAUUUAUAUAACAUUAAACAAGCCACAAUUACAACUCAUGACCUUUUCAAACGCAUUGUAAAUUCGUUUUGUCCUUCAGUUUAUGGACACGAAAUCGUUAAAGCUGGAAUAUUACUUUCAAUAUUUGGGAAAGAUGAUAAUGGUGCAAUCCAUAUUCUUAUAGUCGGUGAUCCUGGGACAGAUAAAAUAAAUUUGCUUUUAGCAGCUAAUUCCAUAUCGCCAAACACGGUAUUUACGCCAAUCAAUCAAGGCGAUAAUCCUUCAAUUUUACCUACUUUGAAAUAUGAUAGAUAUUUUAACGAAUGGAUCCUCGAAGCUGGUUCAUUGGCAUUGAGCAAUAAAGGAAUCUGUCGAAUUGACGACUUUGAAAAAAUUGGCAAAUUCGAUGCUUUAGCUGAAGCUAUAACUAGGAAAUCAUAUCCCAAAAGCAAAACACUGUCAGAGAAUUUGAAUGUGAAUAAUGCUCUGUUAUCAAAUUUUGAUCUCGUUUUCUUAUUGCUGGAUAUUCCGGAUGAAGAGAUGGAUAGUUAUCUUUCAGAACGCGUUAUGACAGUACAUUCUGGAUUGUGUCCCGAAGACGGAUCACAAAGAUAUGUACCUGCAAUAAAUAGAAACCAUACGACAGAUGUUCCAUUAUCUGAACGUUUAAGGCGCGAUUUAGAUGACGAAAAUAUGGAAAAUCUUCCUAAAGAAUUUAUUCAAAAAUAUAUUGCUUAUGCACACAAAUAUGUUCAUCCACGGUUAUCAGAGGAGGCUCGCAGGAUGAUAAAACUUUUUUACGUUAAUAUGGGUCGUAAAUAUCUUUCUAUGGAUGAAACAAAUAUUACGAUUCGUCAACUAGAAACGAUGAUUAAAUUGGCGCAAGCUCGAGCAAGAAUGGAAUUGCGGGAUAUAGUAACGUGUUCUGAUGUUGAAGAAGUUGCCGAAAUUAUUGAAUUCUGUUUAUUCAGAAUUCAAAGAGAUGAACUUGGAAAUUCUCGUUCUCAGUCGAGAAAAGGUGGGAGAUCAGGAAAGCAGAUUGAAGCAAGGAGAUUCUUAGGAGAAUUACAAAAACGUGGAAAUGCUAAAGAAAGCGAUAUAUUUACUAUGCAGGAAAUGCAACAAAUCGCGACAGAUUAUAAAAUUCAAUUUGAUAAUUUUCAAGGCUUUAUCGAUUUUCUUAAUGAGCAGAGCUUGUUGCUUAAAAAGGGACCGGGAACAUUUCAAUUAAGGUCAUAA